GGAUGAGAUGAACGGCGGGACUAGCUGUCGGGAACGGUUGUGGGCGCAGCGGUUCCUCCGCCGGACAGGGUUGAAGACGGGACGGUGCGCAAGAUGGCGGCGGCCAGGGCGCUGGGGGCCGUAUUGGCCUCGGAUGGCGAAGAAGCGGCCUGGAAGGAUGAGGAGAUGUGCGUAGUGGGGAUAUUCGGAAAGACGUCGGAGUUAAGCGCGCAGAAACACGCCAUCAUCAACACCUUGUGCGACAAGCCGGUCUUUCCCCUCUACCCGGGGCUGCCCGGCGGCCAUCAUCAGGGCAACAACUUACUGCAGUGCUACUACAACCAGGAUAGCAAAGUCCUCUACCUGCUGCUCACCGCCGUCUGCGACCACCAGCAGCUGCUGCAAGCCUGCAGGGCCCUGGCCGACGAUGUUUCCCACGCCGAGGCCCAUGAGUUCUGGAAAGGCGAGGAGAAGCUCCACUGCAUCCACCUGCUCUAUCUCUUCUCGGUCUCCCACAUUCUCCUUCUGGUCCACCCCACCUGCUCCUUCGACAUCACUUACGAUCGUCUUUUCAGAGCCUUGGAUACCCUCAGGCAAAAAGUCCUUGGCUACCUGAAGAACGCGAUUAAGGAUUGCCCGGUGGGGAAGGAGUGGAGAUUGAACUGUAGACCCUGCCCCCCGAGACUCCUGUUUAUUUUCCAGCUCAACGGGGCGUUGAAGGUCGAGCCCAAGGGUCUCGACCCCUCAAACCUGGAUAAGCCCAAGAAACAUUCCCCAAAGAGGAGGCUCCAGCAUGCCUUGGAGGAUCAGAUUUACAGAAUUUUCAGGAAGAGCAGGGUUCUGACCAACCAGAGCAUUAACUGUUUGUUCACUGUCCCUGCCAACCAGGCAUUUGUUUACGUGCUGGCUGGGCAGGAGGACGACCCGAUCAGUAUGUUGAUCGGGCAGCUCAAAAGCACUUGUGCCAUCAGGGAGCAGGAGUCCCUCCCUUUGCCUGGAUCUCGGCGCUAUCAGAUGAUGAGGCAUGUCCGCCAGCCAUCCUUCAUACUGGAAAGCAACCUCAACAGUUCCAGUGGGCAGCUGGUGGACUGCACCCUGAAAGAGUUCCUGUGGCAACACGUGGAGCUGGUUCUGACAAAAAAAGGAUUUGAGGAUAGUGUAGGGAGGAACCCACAGCCAUCACACUUUGAACUUCCUGCCUAUAAAAAUUGGCUAACAGUGGCUUCAAAACUCUAUGAUGUUAUGCUAAGUGGAAAGGAUGAAGAACUUGGAUUUCUUACUGGGGACCUUUCCUCCAAGAUCCAAGGUCAGCUGAAAGGUCUUGACGGGUUCUUGGAUGCAGAUAAUAAGUUUUCAGAAAAUCGUUGCCAAAAGGCCCUACCUCUGGCUCACAGUGCCUACCAGUCAAAUCUACCUCACCAUUACACCACGACUGUCCACAAGAACCAGUUAGCACAGGCCCUACGUGUCUACAGUCAACAUGCCCGUGGGCCAGCCUUCCAGAAGUAUGCCAUGCAGCUGCAUGAAGACUGCUACAAGUUUUGGAGUAAUGGGCACCAGUUGUGCGAAGAAAGAAGCUUAACGGAUCAACACUGUGUUCACAAAUUCCAUCUACUGCCUAAACCGGGAGAAAAACCAGAGCCUGACAGGAACCCACCCGUGCUGUAUCACAACAGCCGUGCUCGCUCCACCAGCUCCUGCAACUGUGGCCGCAGGCAAGCCCCUCGAGAUGAUCCCUUCGACAUCAAGUCAGGCAAUUACGAUUUCUAUCAGCUUCAAGAGGAGAAAUGCUGCGGGAAACUCGAGCACUUCUAUUUUCCUGUCUUCCAACCCAGCACUCCCGACCCAGCUCCAGCCAAAAACGAAUCAACUGUAUCAUCACUGCCCCCGCAAGAAGGUGAAGGGGAGAAAAUGAAAGAAAAAGAGGCUCAGACCCAAGGAGAGAGCACUAGUCUCAGUCUGGCACUCAGUCUUGGACAAUCCACAGACAGUCUGGGUACAUUUCCCCCUGAUCCCCAUGCAGGGGGAGACAAUCCUGAUGCGCAUGGCCAGGGAGGGGAGGCUAAAGUAGAAAAGAGACCCAGUCUUGUGGAUCGACAGGUAUCAACAGUGGAAUAUCUGCCUGGCAUGUUAAAUUCCAGCUGUCCAAAGGGACUUUUACCUAAAUUUUCAAGUUGGUCCUUCGUCAAGCUGGGCCCUUCCAAAGCUUACAACUUCCACAGGGGCCUGGACCAGAGUGGCUUCAUUCCUGGAACGAAUUACCUGAUGCCUUGGGACAUAGUCAUCAAAACCAGGUCAGAGGAUGAAGUGGACAUGGACAGUAAUUCCUGGCCUGCUCCCAACAAAUCUGUACCAACCAAACGGGCUACCAACGUGAUUGGCCGAGGCAGGCGGAGGGAUGACAUCGCGCGGGCGUUUGUUGGCUUUGAAUAUGAGGAUUCACGGGGUCGCAGGUUCAUGUGCUCGGGGCCAGAAAAGAUUAUGAAGGUAAUGGGGAGUGGGCCAAAAGAGUCUGCCAUCAAAGCCCUCUCCUCUGACAUGCCCCUGUACAUCCUGUCUCCAUCUCAAGGCCGAGGUCUUAAGCCGCACUACGCCCAGCUCACAAGGCUGUUUAUUGUGGCUCCUGAUGCCCCGUUACAGAUUGUACUCACGCCACAGGUUCAGCCUGGGCCUCCACCCUGCCCUGUCUUUUAUCCCGAGAAGCAGGAAAUACCUGUUCCACCCGAUGGACUCUGGGUGCUCCGAUUCCCUUAUGCCUACGUCACAGAUCGUGGACCCUGCUUCCCCCCGAAAGAGAACCAGCCAUUGAUGAGUUACCGAGUACUACGGGGGAUCCUUAAGGCUAUCCCACAGUGAUGAUGUUUUCCUGAUUAUGUGAUGCUUUUUUUGAGAAAGAAAGAGUUCUUGUUUUCCCUCACCGCUGUCUUCGCGGAAAGGUGGGAAGGAUCAUUUGUUGGCGUGACCCAAGCCACAGCUUAGGGUUGAACCCGAAAGGCCUCAGUGAUAUGAAUCCUCUUGUUGCCUGAACAGGCCGGCAGUGUAAACAGAAUCAUUUAGCAAAAGCAGACAUACCUUUUCCUGACUGAAAGGGUUAAUGAUUCCAAGCCCAGGGGCACUUCCCAUUACAGUAUUCCGCAUACUCUUUGUGCAUAUUCUGGUAAAAUGAGGUGCAAUCUGUCUUGGUCAAACUUCCGCCUGGUGUAUGUGAAGAAACAUAAGCAUUUUGCAUUUCUAGGAAAGUGUCUUCUUCCUGUCAUAUGACACAAACCAUGAACCCAGUUGUGUCACUCAAUGGGUGAUGAUGCAGCAAUUAGUCAGACAUAAAGGGAUAGCUCAAUGAUUUUAAACAAAGGCCAUGGUUUUGAGUAAGGAUCCUGUAUACUACUACUGAGAAAUCUUAAGCCAAAUCCUGAUUGCACUGCAAAACCUCCCUUUAUUGGUUGGCCAUUUGGUAGCCUUUACCUGGGUCUAUAAAAGUGGGUUUGGGUAGCAGUGAAUACUGAAAUUUUUGUCUGGGAUUCUCUUCUAAGUACAUUGUAGUGGUGCUGCAAGUUACUAAAAAUUAUUUUGUCAGCUCACUGGCUCCUGUAGUCUGACCUGAUGCACCCUAACUGGCAAUUUGUGCUGAAUAAGGAAGAGUUAACUGUUGUUAUGGUUUUACAUUGGGUUUGUGCCCAUGUAGACAUUAGCUCAGAAUGGUAAAUUAUAUUUGAAUGUUUACAAUAUAGUAGCUUCUAAUUAAAUGGUCCAGCAGCAAACAAUAUGUCCCUUGGGGCUUUUAAGUACUUUGCUAUCAGCUGUUGCUGGGUGAGUUUGCUAAAUGCAGUGGUGAGACUUCUUGUGAAAAAAAGUAGUGGUUAAACCGUCUUGCUGGCUGGUGGAUAAAUGUGCACUCCAAUACAGUGCCAAAUCAGACAUAACAAAAGCUUCCAGAUUUAAUGUCCUGAUCUUUUCUAACUUGGAAUGUCAGCCAACUCGAUGUUGGAGGGCAGGGAUGGGAAAUAGACUCUUUCUGUCUCUCUGGUGACUGUGCUGGAAUGUGCCCAGCCCAGCUAUGGGCAUUGAGAAUAAGGUUGGGCUUAGUUGUAGCGGCCCCAUGGACAAAUAGCCUCACUGUCUGACUUGACAUGAAGAAUGGUACUUAAGUGAGAUCCAGAGAGCUUUGGCCUCAUGUGGAGGAAUAUCCCAGCACAAGGCAGCAGCUUCAGAAAAGAAAGGAUAAAAUCGGGUGAAGGGAAUGGCUUUGGAGUUAGUCCCAGCAGAGGGCUAAAGAACAUGUUUAAUUAGAUAGCAUCAUUUUCUUCACUUUCAUUAGUUCCUAACACAUAACGUUCUCCUUCAUAAACAGUUGUGUGAAGUGUUUGAGUAUCUUGAGGCAGAAUUCCUCAGGAUGACAUUGGGUCCAACAGCAUCUAUCAGUUCUCCCUGAUAGAGCAGUAACAUGUAACUUUUACAAAACAAUAACUCAAAGUGUUUGAACUGGGCUUUUGAUGUGUGAAAUUAGUUGAAGCUUGGGUCAGGUGGGAAGCAUUUAGGCACUGAAAUCAGUCACAGCCAAGUCACUGAUGGACAACACAAAUUUGUUGUCAGUGAAUAAUGAUCAGCCAUCAGAGUGACAGCUUUCUUUGGGCCCGUGGAUUCAGAUCAGUUUCACAUGCCCUACUGUGGUGGGCUGAUCAUUGAGCUGAUGAUGAAGCUGUCUGGUGUAGUAGCAAUUGUGCCACUCUCUUCACACCCCAAGAAGUGUGGUGUCAGUCUAACUAUCAAUUCUGCCAGCAGUGUUUUGUGAUUAGUUUUUUUUUUCUCUUAUUUUCAAAAGGUCCUUUGCAGUCUUAUGUUUUGGAAUGAGAUUUACCCUUGAGAAUAUGGUGGGGCAUCUGGUCUGGUCACCUACUUUUGUGACCUAAAGAAGUCCAAAUCUGGAAGUGGUUGUGUGGAAGGAGGUUGAUCAGUUGGAGGCCUGGGGAGGGGAGUGGAUUUCAGUUACUGAGGUUGAUGCGCGUGUUAAGUGCAGUCUAAGAUAAUUUUAGAUGUGUGAUAUCCUUGGUGUUGAAGAUUUAAUGUUGACACAACCUCCUAAUAGAUGUAAAGUAUGCCUCACAGCUUGAGAUACCAAUUCUAAUUUUGCAAACCCCAAAUUAAAAUAUAACUACAAAAA